CUGACACAAGGUACACCGAAACAAUACUGGUUUCGAAAACCCAGCUCGUGCGUGAUCCACACCCACACCCAUUGCCACCGACACACUACAGUCCCAAAGCGCACCCGCUGUUCAACACCCGGAAGAAAACACAACCCAUGCCUCGCAACGCCACACCGAGAAGCGCAGCGGCAACGACGGAAAUGACCCGUCUCCGGAGAAGAUCGGGCAAGAACCCCGAUCGGGCCGCAGCGGCGGUCGCCCUCGCGGCCGUGCUCGCCGGUGGAUCGGUGGCGAACGCCUACGUUGGCACCGGUCCCAUGGCGGGAAGGGCGGCCUUUGGUGCCCGGAGACGAUACCGGAUUCCCCAACCCUCUGCCACGGGCCUCCCCGGACUCCGCAUGGCGCCGCCGUCGCCCCUUGCCGAGCCGGAUUCUCCGGCACCGCCAACCGGCAGCACCGGCGGAAUCCCGGAAGCUCCCGCUUUCCCCGAGCCGGGACCUCCCGUGGCAUCGGAAACAGCCACCGGCGACGCCGAGACGAAGGCACCCCCCGGAGAAGAAGAACCACAAGAACCACCCUCCGGUAGCGACGCACCGGAGAUCGACGAGGCCCUGGAGCGCCUCAAGUUCCAGGUCGCUCUGCUGGCCACCGGGGCCGUGGCCACCUACCUCGUGGCCACCACCGCCGCGGGCCUCGCGCAGCAGGCGGCGUCGGCCCUGGACGUUUGGAAGCUCGCCGGGCAGAUCCCUGCCGCCGGCCUCUCGGUCCUCAAGGGGACCUACGGGGUCCUGAAGGUGGUCCUCCCCGCGGUGGGAUCCGCCGGAAAGGCGGCCUACGAAACGGCGGCGCCCGCCAUCGGGGGCGCCAUCGAGGCGGCGACGCCCGUGCUCCAGGAGACGGCCGAACGGGUGGCCGAGGUGGCGACGCCCGUGCUCCAGGAGACGGCCAGCAGGGUGGCCGAGGUUGCGGCCCCCGUGAUCGAGGAGACGGCCCGGACCGUCAACGAGGCAGCGGCCCCCUACGUCGACCAGGUCGCCUCCACCGUCCAGGGGGCCCAGGAACAGGUGAUCGGGCAGGUACAGCAGGCCCAGGAACAGGUGAUCGGGCAGGUACAGCAGGCCCAGCAGCAGGUKGCCGGGCAGGUACAGCAGGCCGCCGCCCCCUACGUCGACCAGGUCGCCUCGACGGUCCAGGGGGCCCAGCAGCAGGUGGCCGGACAGGUACAGCAGGCCCAGCAGCAGGUGGCCGGACAGGUACAGCAGGCCCAGCAGCAGGUUGCCGGGCAGGUCCAACAGGCCCAGCAGCAGGUGGCCGGACAGGUACAGCAGGCCGUCAGUGGAGCCGCGGAGGCCGUGGGCGGGGCUCUGGAGACCACCGCCAAGGAAGCCGGAAGGGCCUUCGAAACGGGCGUUCUGCCGAAGGAUCCGCACUAGCCACGACGCAUCGGGAGCCGGAAGGGAAAUGCGGCCGAGAUUUGCUUGCUUUCGUUGCCCCACACCAUGAUAUCGUAUUGCAACCAGACCUAAUUCACACGAUGUAAGCAAAUAAGGAACAUGCCAUCAU